GAAAAAAAGAAAUUCUCAUUCAUCAAGCAAGAUGGAAAAGAAAGUGAUUGUAUUGGAUUUUUGGCCAAGCUCUUAUGCAAUGAGAGUGAAAAUUGCAUUGGCAGAGAAGGGAAUUGAAUAUGAAGCCAAAGAAGAAAACCUUGCAGAAAAGAGCUGUUUGCUUCUUGAAAUGAAUCCAAUUCACAAGAUGAUCCCUGUCCUUAUUCACAAUGGGAAACCCAUUUCUGAGUCUUUUAACAUUGUCCAAUACAUUGAUGAGGUAUGGAGCGAUACUUCUCCUUUGCUUCCCACUGAUCCUUUUCUGCGAUCCCAAGCAAGAUUUUGGGCUGAUUAUAUUGAGAAGAAGAUUUACAUGAAUGGAAAGAAAAUAUGGAGGGAGAAAGGGGAAAAUCAAGAGGCAGUAAAGAGGGAGUUUAUAGAAGGGUUGAGGACACUAGAAGUAGAGUUGGGAGAGAAGCUAUAUUUUGGUGGUGAAAGAAUUGGAUAUGUUGAUAUAGCACUUAUUCCCAUUUCUAGUUGGUUCUACUCUUUUAAAAUAUGUGCAAAUUUUAGUAUAGAAGCUGAGUGCCCUAAAAUUUCUUCAUGGGUCAAGAGGUGCUUGCUAAAAGAGAGUGUUCAAAACUCACUUCCUGACCCUCUCAAGAUCUAUGGCUUUGUUUUGAUGCUCAAAAAGAAAUUAGGGUUAGACUGAAGUUUUCCAUUUAGUGCAUAUGUAAUGUGAAAAAUGAAAUAAAUUGUUUGGUGCAAGUUCCUUUCUAAUCUUCUCUCUUUGGGUGACUUUUA